AUGCAUCUAUAUGCAAAGUUCCAGAAGGAGCUCAUCAACAAAAAGAGAAGCUGGCAUGAGAAGGAAACAGUGCUUCUGACACAAGAAUGCAGUGCAGUGAUCCAAAAAGGGCUCCCUCCAAAACACCAAGACCCUGGGAGCUUCUUCUUACCUUGCACCAUUGGUAAUAUGACCAUUAAGAAAGCACUGUGUGACUUAGGAGCUAGCAUCAAUCUAAUGCCUUAUUCUAUGAUGAGAAAGUUAUGCAUAGAGGAGGUAAAGCCCAUACAUAUGUCAUUAGAGCUCGUGGACAAAUCAUUGGUAUUUUCCAAAGGAGUGAUUGAAAACCUUUUGGUCAAGGUGGAUAAAUUUAUAUUCCCUACAGACUUUGUAAUCCUGGACCUAGGAGAAGAAGGUAGUAACUCUAUUAUCUUGGGAAGACCAUUCCUGGCCACAGCGAGGGCCAUCAUAGAUGUUGAACAAGGAGAAUUGACCCUAAGGGUACAUGAUAAGAGCAUCACUCUGAAUGUCUUUCUAGAAGCACAACAUACUGAUGAAAAGGAAAACUGCAUAGAGGAUGAUAGAGAAGACUUGCAUUGGAAGGAAGAAUCCAAGGGGAUCCUCAUUAAUACCCCUCCAAAGCAAGAGACAAGCAGCAAAUAA